GAAACAGCAGACGUCUCUUCUCUCAGACUCACAUCACGGACUUAACUCAGAACCUGUGAACUUGUCUAUCGGACUCUGGAAGGAUCUUUGGACCGAUCCGGAUUACCGCUGGUUGGGACUUUGUUCCGGGACGUUCAGGGGACAGCAGCCUCUCUGCGCUGUGGAUUUUUCUUAUUAUCCUGGAUCUUGUGGAUUAUUUUACUGACUUCAACAUGACUCUUGAGGAGGUCGUUGGAUCCAACAGCACCGAGAAAAAGAUGGAGACGGUGAGUCAGGCUCUGGAGGAGCUGCUGGUCGCGGCUCAGCGGCAGGACUGUCUCACGGUGGGGGUCUACGAGUCCGCCAAGCUCAUGAAUGUAGACCCGGACAGCGUGGUCCUGUGCGUCCUCGCCACCGAUGAGGAGGAUGAAGACGACAUCGCGCUGCAGAUCCACUUCACGCUGCUGCAGGCUUUCUGCUGCGACAACGACAUCAACAUCCUGCGGGUGUCCGGCAUGAGGCGGCUGGCUCAGCUGCUGGGGGAGGACACCGAGGACAGCAACGGCAACGAGCCGCGGGACCUGCACUGCAUCCUGGUCACUAAUCCUCCGGUGCAGCCGCUGCAGAGUCAGGCCCUGCAGGACAUCAGCAGCUUCUGUGAGGAGAGCCGCUGCAGGAACCAGUGGGUCCCCUGUCUGGACCUGCAGGACCGCUGAGCCGAGCCGGAUCCAUCCAAACCGAACCAGUCCGCUGAGGAGCGGUGAGAAAGAGUCCAAACAGCCGCCCCCUGCUGAGGAGGAAUAACGGCGUUUGAGGAAAGACAGGGACCGGACACACCGGAGCCUUCCUGCUGCCUGAUUGGCUGAUUGAUUUGACCGGGGGCGCGUGAGAUGCCGGGACCGGGACCGGACGGGUUUUGAAAGCCGGACACGGACUCCCGUUAGAGGAGGGAGGACUGUGGAGCAGUAUUCAGGUCCGGGAGCUGCAGAGAGGGGAGAGGUUAAUGAAAUGUCACGUGACUGACCGACAGCCGCUGGGUGUCACGUGACUGACCUGGUGAAUGAAUGAACUGAAGUUGCACGUGAAGCUUCGGACCACCUGAGCUGCAGCUGCUCACACAUGAACUGAGGUGACGUUUCAGGACGGGUGACGUCAUGUGUUAUAAUUUCUUGUUGUUAGUGACGAAAUAUAAACACUGAGGUGACAGCUGAUUAUUUAAAGGAGCAGAGUAAUAUAUGUGAAUCCACCUGUUGAUUCUGUCUGAUCAAUAAAUUAUUGA